GGUCCUCCGGUUGGGUCACGUGAUAUUGCCGGAUGUUAAUUCAUCGUCGGACCAUUGUGUCAGUCUGAUGAAUUAUAAUCAAGCUCCCUUUUGUUCAAUAACAGCAAUUUUGCUUCUAAUCAUGGGGUUGUACAGGGAGUUAAAUGAUAGAUAAAUUUAUGGGAAAGAAUGUAUUUGCAAAGGAAAUAAGCAGGCGUAUCUUUAAAACGUUUCGUUGCUGAAAAAUACUUGCUAACCUCUCACGCGCCUGCUGUCUGUUGCCGCUAUGCGCCGUUUUCGCUUCUCGAUUUUCGUCCCUUUGCUGGCAGCUUGGUCCAUUGUUGGAGAACCAGAGACCCCCACUCAUGUUGAUGGAGCUCCACCUUCUAAAAUCGCUGUGGUUGGAGCAGGGAUCGGAGGCAGCGCCACAGCCCAUUUCCUCCGCCAACACUUUGGCCCCGAGGUGCAGGUGGACGUGUACGAGAAGGGUGAGGUCGGAGGUCGGCUCGCAACUGUAACUGUCAACCACAAUGACUAUGAGUCUGGGGGCUCCAUCAUCCACUCCCUCAACCUCCACAUGCAGGAGUUCGUCAAACAGCUCGGUUUAAAGUACCGUCGAAAUGUGGCGGGGAAGACGGCGGUUUUUAACGGAGAGGAGAUGAUUCUGGAGGAGACAGACUGGUACUUGCUGGAUUUGUUCCGCCUGUGGUGGCGCUACGGAAUUAGCUUCAUCCGGUUGCAGAUGUGGGUGGAGGAAAUCAUGGAGAAAUUUAUGAGGAUCUAUAAGUACCAGGCCCACGGCUACGCCUUCAGCUCUGUGGAGGAACUCCUGGACUCCCUCGGAGGCAGCGGCUUCAUCAACAUGACCAAACGGCCGCUCUCUGAUUCGCUGCUGGAGCUGGGAGUGUCUCAGCGCUUCAUUGAUGAAGUCAUUGCGCCCAUCAUGAGGGUCAACUACGGACAGAACGUCAGCAUCCCUGCUUUUGUAGGCGCUGUUUCCUUAGCCGGCGCCCAGAACAACCUGUGGGCGGUGGAGGGAGGCAACAAAAUGGUGUGUUCAGGUCUGCUAAAGAUGGCUAACGCUAACCUGCUGCAAGCACAAGUCAACUCCAUCUCCCCUGUUCCUUCAGGGGAUGCACUAGAGUACCAGCUGAACUUCACCACAGCAACAGGAACAGGAUCUGAACUGUACAACAUUGUAGUCUUGGCGACUCCGCUCCAGGCCAGCAUUGGUUCUGAGCUCCAGUUCCAAGGCUUCACCACGCCGUUUGACCAGCUUCCUGGCAGCUAUCACAGCACCGUAGCAACCAUUGUUCACGGUUACCUAAACACCUCCUUCUUCGGUUUCCCCGACCCUCGGCUCUUCCCAUUCGCCAGCGUUCUGACAACCGAUACGCCCAGUCUGUUCUUCAACAGCGUGGCCAGUGUUUGUCCCGUUAACAUCUCGGCGGGUUUUCGCCGCAAACAGCCGCAAGAGGCCGGAGUCUACAAGGUGUUUUCACCACAAACUCUGGACAAACCGGAGCUGAAAACCCUCUUCAAGUCUUACUACUCAGUGCAGGUGACUGAGUGGCAAGCGUACCCUCACUAUGGCAGCAACCAGAGACUUCCUCCAGUGGAGCUUCAUCCCAAUCUCUAUUACCUUAACGGUAUUGAGUGGGCCGGCAGUGCUAUGGAGAUGAGCUCCGUGGCUGCCAAGAACAUUGCUUUGCUAGCGUACCACCGCUGGAACAGACAGAUGGAAAUGGUGGAUCAGAAAGAUCUGAUGCACAGGAUCAAGACGGAGCUUUGAUGCUGUAAGACCGAGGAUCCUGGGCUGAAUAAAUACAGUCGACUCACUGCAGGAGGAUGUCGCUGAUACACUUGAAGCUCUGAUUUUUGCUUUCAAUUUACAAAAUUUGGCCAAGGCUUUUUCAAAUUCUCACUGAACACUUUGAGGGAAAUGGAAAGUUCCACUUGUUUUCUGAGAACAUCUAAGACCAUUCUACCUCCUGAGCAUCAGUUGCUCUCUGUAUUUACUCCAAGGUAGAUAGAUGAGCGACCAACAUAUGUGGUGCUUCAGGACAAUGAAACCUAAUCUUACAUCUAUGUCAACAAACAUGCAAUCAUUUUGAUCCAUAUUAGCUUGUUUGAAUGAGAACAUUUGAGCUAACUUCUACAGAAAAGUCUGAAGAUGCUAUGAUACACUGCUACAUGUCUUUGCUACAUACAAUAUUUAGGCAGGUUCUGUAAACUGUUACAAAAUGACUUAUUUUAGUCACUGAUGUUGUGAAUUAAUGAAAAUGUGAAUGAAUUAAAGAGUCUCUGCUUCAUUUUCUCCCUCAAUUCUAUCAGGAAAGCUGUAAGGUUUGAAUAAAUUACUACUCCCGCUGUCAUCCCAUCCAACUGCAUUAGUCUCACUGCUGGGACUGAUAGUGUAGCAGCUAAAAGUCAAGUCCUAUCAGAGUUAAAGAUUUUCAACAACGAACAAAAUAAUUAGGCGGUGACUCACAGCGGUGGCCACUGGUGCUCUCUUGCGCCUUUCAUCAGACUCUUUCAUUAUCUCCCCUUCCUGCUGCUAUUGUUGCGUAAUCCAGCGGAAAGAAUUUUCUAUUUGGGGAAUAGAGCCAACCAGCUUUCACACUGAGCUGGGGAAAAAAACAAAAACAGAGGACGGAUCUGUGACUGUUGCUGGUUAGCGUGACCCCUUUUUCCUCUCAAGCAUGAAAGCCAGAUUGAGACCGUCUUCUUAUUAACGGUGUGAUUCUGUGAAAAUGCAUGUUAAAACGGACUUGUACUAAUGCCAAAUUGAAAAAAAAAAGUAAUUACACCUUUGCUUAGCUUUCAUUUCAUUCAUCGACUAACAAUGUUGAGACUUCAAAGACUGUUGGUUGAUCUGAUUGUGUUUCGUGGUGAUCUAAUGAAACUGUUCCAAAGCUUGUGCUGGCUUUAAAAACUGGUGGACGAGAUGGAAAUAAAGUCUGAAAUUCCUAAA